ACGGUAGCCUACUUACUAAAGUAGUGAACGUUCCUUGAUUGGAAUAAAAAAUAUGGAUUUAUCACAUGGUUACUGCAUGGUUGCUGUAUGUUUGGCUUUAACAGGUCGGAGCGAUGGAGUAGGUGUGCUGCCAGAUCGUCUCAGUGGAGCUGUGGGAGAAAGUGUCAUGUUGAAAGUAGAUCAGAGCACUCCACUCGUAAUGGCUUCAGUGGCAUGGCAAUUUCAUUUAGCUAAUGGUACUGUGAUACCUAUCCUAGUAUCAGUCGUUGUAACCACUACUGCCCCAGAAUAUAUUAAUAGGACCAAAUUUGACAAUAUAACCGGAUCUUUGGAGCUCUCAAGCUUGACUAUAAAUGACACUGGAUUAUACAAGGUGAUGUUCAUUCCUCUAUCGGGACAUCCAAUAAAUGGAGCAUGCAACCUGCAGGUGCAUGAGCGAGUCUCCGGUGUAACAGUCACCCCCAACACCACAGAGCUGCUGGAGUUCAGCAGCUCUGUGAGGAUCUCCUGCCACGUCUCCACCGGCACCUCCCUGUCCUACCUGUGGAUGAAUGGCAGCUCUGAGAUCACUGUACCAAGUGACAGGGUGCAGGUCGGCGACGGAGGCACCACCCUCACCAUACUCAACGUGACACGCUACGACCGGGGGCCGUACACCUGUAAUGUCUCCAAUCUGAUCAGUACUCAAAAAAGUGCCCCGUUAACACUGCACCCCAUCUAUGGACCAGAGAGCAUUCAGAUUUAUGCUCAAGUGGACCAAGUUGAGAUCGGCCAGGUGCUGUAUUUAUCCUGCAGGGCUGAGUCCACCCCUCCUGCACUUUUCACCUGGAUGAACGGGAUGAAUGAGGAAAUCGGCUAUGGCGCUGAGUUUCUCAAAACGGCAACGCUUUUGGACAGUGGAGAAUACACAUGUUUAGCAGUGAACAACAUCACUAAGUUGGAGCUUCGUGCAGUGCAAAGUAUAUCAGUAACAGACAACAGUUUGUCAUCUGGUGCCAUUGCUGGUAUAGCCAUUGCAGUGAUACUAGCUGUAGUGCUAGUAGGUGCACUGAUUUAUCGUUUCCACACAAGCAGAACCUAACACUUCAUCUCCAUCUAUAUUCAAUAUCCCCCUCUUUCCUCUCUCGUUCUCCAAGAAUAUGAACUA